CUAAAAUGACCCAGAUUACUAAAGCAGCCAUCAAAGCUAUUAAGUUUUAUAAACAUGUGGUACAGAGUGUGGAGAAAUUCAUUCAGAAAUGUAAACCAGAAUACAAGGUACCUGGACUUUAUGUCAUCGACUCCAUUGUACGACAAUCUCGACAUCAGUUUGGCCAAGAAAAGGAUGUCUUUGCACCCAGAUUUAGCAAUAACAUCAUUAGCACUUUUCAGAAUUUAUAUCGUUGCCCUGGGGAUGACAAGAGUAAAAUCGUGAGAGUAUUAAACCUAUGGCAGAAGAAUAAUGUCUUUAAAAGUGAGAUCAUUCAGCCGCUUUUGGACAUGGCUGCAGGUAUCCCCCCUCCAGUAGUGACCCCUGUCCUGGCCAGUACGACUGCUGCUCUGAGCAACACCCCAGGGACUCCUGUGACACCGGCAACUCCAGCCAAUGUCGUCCAAGGUUUGCCCGACCCCUGGGUUUCGCAGAUCACAAACACGGACACACUUGCAGCUGUUGCACAGAUCCUGCAGAGUCCUCAAGGACAACAGCUUCAGCAGUUAAUACAGACUCUGCAAAUCCAGCAGCAGAAACCGCAGCCCUCCAUUCUGCAAGCCCUGGACGCCGGCCUCGUGGUACAGCUGCAGGCACUCACUGCGCAGCUCACAGCAGCUGCUGCUGCAGCCAACACACUCAACCCCCUUGAGCAGGGCGUGUCUUUUCACAAGAAAUUGAUGGAUAGAUUUGAUUUUGGGGAUGAUUCUGAGCAUAAUGAAGAGCCGAAAAAGGAAAUUCCGACCCCACAACUUUCUCAUGUUUCAGAAUCUGUGAACAAUUCCAUCUUUCAUCAAAUAGCAGAACAGUUGCAGCAGCAGAACCUUGAACAGCUCCGGCAGCAACUCCUGGAACAGCAGCAUCCUCAAAAGGCAACUCCUCAGGACAGUCAGGAGGGAACAUUCGGGUCCGAGCAUUCAGCGUCACCUUCACAGGGCAGUAGUCAGCAGCAUUUCCUUGAACCUGAAGCAAAUUUGGAUGAUUCCAUAGAUAUUCAGCAACAGGAUAUGGAUAUAGAUGAAGGUCAAGAUGCUGUGGAAGAAGAGAUCUUUGACCAAGAAGCCAAGAAAGUGGCUGUUCGCUCAAGAUCACGAACACAUUCACGAUCACGGUCAAGGUCACCAAGAAAGCGAAGGUCUCGAUCCCGCUCUGGUUCUCGGAAACGCAAACACCGAAAGCGCUCACGUUCACGUUCGAGGGAAAGGAAGCGGAAGUCGUCCCGUUCCUACUCGAGUGAGCGGCGAGCAAGAGAGCGAGAGAAAGAACGGCAGAAGAAGGGCCUGCCCCCGAUUCGCUCCAAAACGCUCAGCGUAUGUAGUACGACUCUCUGGGUCGGUCAGGUGGACAAGAAGGCUACGCAGCAAGAUCUAACCAACCUAUUUGAAGAGUUUGGGCAAAUUGAGUCUAUUAAUAUGAUUCCUCCCAGGGGCUGUGCUUAUGUCUGUAUGGUUCAUCGACAAGAUGCAUUUCGGGCUCUUCAGAAACUUAGUUCUGGAUCAUAUAAAAUUGGAUCUAAGGUUAUUAAGAUUGCUUGGGCCUUAAACAAAGGUGUAAAAACAGAAUACAAACAGUUCUGGGAUGUGGAUCUUGGAGUUACUUACAUACCAUGGGAAAAAGUUAAAGUGGAUGACUUAGAGGGUUUUGCAGAAGGAGGCAUGAUUGAUCAGGAAACUGUGAAUACUGAAUGGGAAACUGUGAAAAGCUCAGAGCCUGUUAAAGAGCCAGUGCCCGCAGCGCCGAGCCCAGCACCCCCAGAGAAGGAGCCCGUGGCUACCACUCAGGCUGAGGUUUUCCCUCCGCCUGUAGCGAUGCUUCAGAUCCCAGUAGCACCAGCUGUGCCUGCAGUUAGUUUAGUGCCACCAGCAUUUCCUGUGUCGAUGCCGGUUCCUCCUCCUGGCUACAAUCCAAUUCCUCCACCUCCUUUUCUUCGAGCAAGUUUUAACCCUUCACAGCCUCCUCCUGGUUUCAUGCCACCCCCAGUUCCUCCUCCUAUUGUUCCACCACCUGCUAUUCCACCAGUCGUUCCAACAUCUUUAGUACAGCCGCCAUUAUCCAUGACUCCAGAGACUGUGAAAGAGGUUGGAUUUGGUGGCCUUGUCUUACCAGGCAGUUCUGUUACCAGCAGCCUUGCUGCUCCUGCUCUGCCAUCUGGAAAUGUUUUUAAUCCUCCAACUAAACAAGGAGAGCCUGAAGAAAAAGUACCUCAUCUCCUAGACCACCAGCUUGCUUCUGGUGACAACCCCAGACCAGUGCUUCCAAAUGAUAUUUCAAGUAGCUCUGCAAUUUUAGGAGGACAACCACCAAAUGUGACAAGCAAUUCUGGAAUUAUGGGAGUCCAAAGACCAACUAUAUCAAGUAAUUCAGAAAUUCUUGGAGUUCGUCCAUCUAAUGUUUCCAGUACUGCAAUUAUUGGAGCCCAGCCACCAAAUAUUUUAAAUAACUCUGGAAUGUUGGGAUUACAACCACCUAAUGUGUCAAACAGUUCUGGACUAAUGGGUGUCUUACCUCCUAAUAUCCCGAACAAUUCCGGACUUAUAGGAGUACAGCCACCAAAUGUUCCAAAUCCUGGACUUUUGGGAACACAGCCACCAGCUGGACCUCAGAACCUGCCCCCUUUGAAUAUUCCUGGCCAGAGGAUGCCUGUAAUGCCGAUUUUAGACAUUCGCCCGGGAUUAAUCCCACAGGCCCCUGGACCAAGGUUUCCUCUCAUUCAGCCUGGAAUUCCCCCCCAGAGAGGGCUCCCUCCUCCAGGGGUACUUGAUUCAGCUCUUCACCCACCGCCCCGGGGUCCUUUUCCUCCUGGAGACUUAUUCAGUCAGCCUGAAAGACCUUUCCUCGUUCCUGGAAGACCAAGCAUAGACAGUGUACCUAAUCCUGAUAAAAGGAUACCGGUUGGAAAUGAAAACAUGCAGCAGGAGGGAGACCGAGAUUAUCGGUUCCCUCCCAUUGAAACUCGGGAAAGCCUCAGGCCUCCCCCGAUGGACGUCAGGGAUGUGGUUGGACGACCUGUCGACCCCCGGGAGGGUCCCGUCAGGCUUCCGCUAGACGCAAGGGAGCAUUUCGGGAGGCCUCCCAUGGAUCUCCGAGAAAAUCUCGUUAGACCCGGCCUCGACCAUCUUGGGCGGAGAGAUCACUUUGGCUUUAAUCCCGAGAAACCCUGGGGCCACCGAGAUUUUGAUGAGAGGGAACAUCGAGUCAUCUCUGUGUUCGGGGGUCCGAAAGGCUUACACGAGGAAAGAGGGCGAUUUCGAGCGGGAGCCUAUCGGUUUGAUCCUCGAAGUGGUCCUUGGAAUAGAGGCUUUGUACCAGAAGUCCACAGAGAUUUCGAUGACCGCAGAAGACCCUGGGAGAGGCAGAGGGAUAGGGAUGACAGAGAUUUUGAUUUCUGCAGAGAAAUCAAUGGCAACCGUCUGGGACGAGAGAGAAUCCCAAACACCUGGGUGCCCCCACCUCAUGCUCGGGUGUUUGAGUUCUUUGAAGGGCCCACUGCUCAGCGGAAAGGUGACACGGUGCCUCAGGUCAAUGGUGAAAAUCCUGAGAGACAUACGCAGCCGCCACCUUUACCUGUACAAAGUGAUCCUGAACUCUAUGAAAAAUUGGCGCCUUCGACUGAACUUAACAAGGAGAAGAGUGACACAGUCGCUGAGAUAGAGAGUGAACCAGUGGUAGAAAGCACAGAAACUGAGGGGACAUAAUCAUCACUCAGUAGGUAAAAGAUACCUUUUGUAAAGUUGUCAUCUCUGUAAUAGAUUUUUGGCUGACUGGACCAUAGUUGUUCACUUUCGUCUGCCACAAUUAAGUUAAUCUGAUGUUCAUGUUCACCUUUCUCUUAAAAUAAUUGUACAACUGACUUGUAUAGAUAUUGUUCUUAAUAUGAACAUGGUAAACAAUUUUUUUUAAAUUUUUGACAAAAUAUAAGUGUUGCCCCAGAUUCUUUUAACUUCAAGGAAAUGAAUAACAGCUUGUCGGGAGACUUCCUAUGGAAGAAAGAAUUUUUUUAGAUACUACCAUUAGGUCGGAUAUGGUAAUAGAUAUAUUUCACACUAGCAAAAGGUGGUAUGUUUUAUCCAUAUCUUUAGGCUGCUGCAGAAAUUUAAGGUAAUAGACAAAGCUGUGAUAUUUUAUUCAAUGACUGGCUCUAGAUAAUGGAGGAGCACAAUACAGAGAUUUUAAAAAGUGAUUUUGUAAAAUCGACACUCUGGUCUCUGUUUCUCCAAAGUAAGUGUUUGUGAUUUGUUCCUCAUGCUGCAGUGAGUAUAUAAGAAAAAGAAAAGAAAAGAAAACAACCACAUAAAAAUAUUAAAGUGCGUUUCAUUGUUGGGUGAGUUUUGUUUUUAGAUGCCAAUAAAACUUACUUGUUUGAUAA